AUGUCUGCCAGAGGAGACCGUUCAUCAAGAGGAGGCCGAGGCGGAAAAAAUUUCCAGUCCAAGGCCGCCCUCCCACCCAGCAUCCAGCAUAGCAUAUCUGGAUAUCCAUCCUCAUAUGCAAUCAAUGCGCUCAUGGGAGAGGUGCUUGCACCCAAAAAAUCCUCAAAGCCGCUGUUUCCAGAAUUUUCGCUCCCGAUUCCGGAGCCAAUUGUCCCCAGAAUUAAAAGACUUUUGUCGAUCAAGCAGCAAUUGGAUGCGAUAUUUGCCAAUUCUGCAUAUCACAUCGAAGAGAAACAGCCUCCCAAAAGUAGCGUAUUUGAAACGAUUUAUUUUGUAGAAGUCCCGAGAUACUCGGACAAAUAUGAGAAACCCGCAUCAUCAAAGCCGAAAAUCCAUGACAUUCACAUUGCAAACCUCAAGGCAAUCCCGGAAGAGCUUCUGGCAGUGUAUAGACCGGAAAAGGCGUUCCAAAAAAAAAUUAUGUCAAGUUUGAGCUUAUCUUUUGCAGAGGAUAUCCAAACGACCGUCUCGCCGAUCCAAUUUUUCAGCUUUCUAAAAAUUGACGAUCUUGAAAAGGAAGAGAAGCAAAGGGAUUCCAUGAAAGCCACCCUUGAAGAUACCCCCAAGCAAGAAACACUCGAUGAAGAGGAUGCUCCCGAAGAGUUUGAGGAGGAAGAAGAGGAGUUUGAUGAUAACGACUAUAAUGCCAACUACUUUGACCCCGAGGACGAUUUUGGCGGCGAUUUUGAUGACGGGGACGAUGGGCCUAUCUAUUGA